CUGCCAUGGCUGCCAAGAGAACACAUGAAAGGGAUCCAAUCUACAAGAUCAAAGGUUUGGCCAAGGACAUGCUGGAUGGAGUUUUUGAUGACCUGAUGGACAAAAAUGUUUUAAAUGGCGAUGAGUUACUCAAAAUCGGAGAAGGAGCGAGCUUAAUCCUGAGCAAAGCUGAGAACCUGGUUGAAAGUUUCUUUGAGAAAACAGAAAUGGCAGGAAAAAUAUUUGCAGGUCACAUUGCCAAUUCCGACAAACAGCUGAGUUUACAAUUUCCUUCUGAUGAUGAAGAGGAUGAACUUCAGAAAAUGUUUACACCAUCUUCUGCAUCAGAAUCCAGGGGAAAAGUAGAAGAUGAAGAAAUGGAGGUAAAUGUUGGAGUGGCCCAUGCAUCACAUCUAAUGCUUACAGUUCCUCAGGGAAUCCAGAGCACAGAAGUACAGGAUUCACUGAAGCUAUGUUCUCGUGAUUGGUUUUGUACGAUGAAGACAGAAAGGGCAGAAGAGAUAUAUCCAGUGAUGGAGAAGGAAGGCCGAACCCGCCUGGCCCUCAUCAUCUGCAACAAAAAGUUUGACUAUCUUUUUGAUAGAGAUGAUGCUGAGACUGACAUUUUGAACAUGAAAGAACUACUUCAAAAUCUUGGAUACUCAGUGGUGAUAAAGGAAAACCUUACAGCUCAGGAAAUGGAGACAGAAUUAAUGAAGUUUGCUGGCCGUCCAGAGCACCAGUCCUCCGACAGCACAUUCCUGGUCUUUAUGUCCCACGGCAUCCUGGAAGGAAUCUGUGGGGUGAAGCACAGAAACAAAAAGCCAGAUGUUCUUCAUGAUGACACUAUCUUCACCAUUUUCAACAAUUCUAACUGUCCGAGUCUGAGAAACAAACCCAAGAUUCUCAUCAUGCAAGCCUGCAGAGGCAGACAUACUGGUACUAUUUGGGUAUCCACAAGCAAAGGGAUAGCCACUGCUGAUACAGAUGAGGAAUGUGUGUUGAGCCAUAGAUGGAAUAAUAGUAUAACAAAGGCCCAUGUGGAGACAGAUUUCAUUGCUUUCAAAUCUUCUACCCCACAUAACAUUUCUUGGAAGGUAGGCAAGAGUGGCUCUCUCUUCAUUUCCAAACUCAUUGACUGCUUCAAAAAGUAUUGUUGGUGUUAUCAUUUGGAAGAAAUUUUCCGAAAGGUUCAAUACUCAUUUGAGGUCCCAGGUGAACUGACCCAGAUGCCCACCAUUGAGAGAGUAUCUAUGACACGCUACUUCUACCUUUUCCCUGGAAAUUAACACAGCCUACUCUUGCAAAUAAAU